AUGGCAGCCGAUAACACCCCAAGGCUGCUGCUCCUCUCCAUCUCUCUCCUCCUCUCCCUCCAUCUCGCCCGUCCCCAUGACCUCUCUCCAUCCCCUUCCCCCGGCUCCUCUUCAGCCUCAGCCCCCGUCCCGUCUCCAUCUGUUGAACUCGGGCCUAGCCCGUCACCGUCCCCUGAGUCUGGGCCCGGCCCGUCACCAUCUUACGCCCCAUCCCCGAACGCGGAUGGGCCCGCAGCAUCCGCCGGCCCUGGCCCAUCACCAUCGUACACAGAUACAGAUGCGGAUAAGCCCAGCCCGUCACCAUCCUACCUGGGUACAGAUGAUGAGGACAAUACAGACGAGUUCGGGCCGGCCCAAUUCGACCUCUCUUUGGCCCCGGUCCCGGCCGCUGAUGCUGGCACCGAGGUGAAGGAGAUAUGCAAUUCGACUGACCACCCAGAGCUUUGCCUGGACACCUUGGUCCCGCGCCUGGACGGAAACUACGACAUCCCCAUUGUUCUAGAAGUUUCCAUGCGGGUCGGUGCUGACCUGGCGAGAACCGGGCUCUCCGUAGCUAAGAAGGUGGUGGAUGGCUCGGUGGGCCCCCCAGAGCUAGCCUCGGUGCUCAGGGACUGCAGGGACAUGUAUGAUGAGGCCGUUUACAAUUUCGAGAGUGCGAUUGAUGCUUUUCCGAGACGGGAUAAGGGCACCAUGAGCACCAUGCUUAGCGCCGUUAUAACCGACAUUGGGGAUUGUGAGGACGGCCUUGCUCGGUUUGGAGACGAGUCUCCGUUCACAGACGUGGCCGAGAAGGUGAAGAAUACAGCGAGCAACUGCCUAGCUAUUGUUUCGCUCCUGCAUUGA